UUUUAGUUAAUAAUGAGUGAUUAAGUAAAACAUUAACUAAUUGUUAGCCCCCAUUUAUAUCACUAGAAAAUUAUGAUGAUAUCAAUUAAAUCAGAAGUAAAUUUGCACCUUUAGCAAAAAUUAACCUAAAUCAUGAAUUUAAUAAUUUAGAAGAAUGCAAAUUCUUUAUUAUAAGAACUUAAGGAGAAGAUAAUGUUCAUAGAGCUAUGAAGUAUGGUUUUUGGACUAGGUAAAUUAUUGAUAAAACAAUAGUUCGUCUCGAAAAAAUGAACGAUUACAUGAAGCAUUCAUAAAUAAGAAAUAGGAUGUUUAUCUAUUUUUCACAGAAAUUAACAGCAUGUGCUUUAGUGGAAUGGCUAAGUUAACUUCUGCAUUCAAUCCUAAAUUUCAUUUUCAGUUUUGGUUAAUUGAAAAUAAAUGGUUUGGCACUUUUUCAAUAGAAUGGGUAUAAGAUUUAGGUUAUCACUUAGUUAUACAUAAAAGAUCUCUCAUUUAAAUUAUUUGAAAAUAUAAAGCAAAUCCAAAAAUUGGAAGGGAGUGAAGAAACUAUUAAAUCAGUUUAUGAUCUAAUAGAUUGCACAGAAUUAUCUAUUGAAAAUGGAAUUAAAAUGACAAAAAUAUUUCAAAAUGAAAAUUCUAAUAAAAGCUUAUUUGAAGAAUUUCUUCAACUUGAUAAAUUAGAGGUAAUUAUAAUAUUUUAUUCAAAGUAUGAAAAUAGAUAAGAAAGAACAAAUAAUUUAAGAUUUGAAAAGAAAUUCAAAGAACUCUCUUCUGUUUUUGAAACUAUUCCAUUCUCAUUCUCAGCUGCAUCUUAUGAAAGGAAAAAAAAUAAUCGAAAACCUUAAAAUGGAUAUUAUUAACCUCCUUAUGGUUAACAAUAUUAUUACUAACAACCUUAUUAAUCUUAUUAUUAAUAGUAAUUAGUUGGUAUGUGCUAUUUUCAUUAUUUUAGGGUAUUAAUUUUAGUAAACUCCUUAAUAUUGGUAAUAAAAUAAUGGAUUUUAUUAAAAUCAAUAUUACUCAUAAAACUAAUUUAAUAAUAAUAAAUAUCAUUAUCCUAAUAGAUAAGAAAAUUAAGAAAAAUCUGUAAGAUAAUAUUAAUAAUAAUCUCAACCAUAUGAAAUAGAAUAAACAUAAAAUCCUGAUUCAAUUGAAGCAGUGUAAAAUUUUUCUUUAGAUUAAAAAUUUCAAAUAAACAAUUAGCAAUUAUAAAAAAGAACAAAAUUUGAAAAAACAAAGAAAUAACAUAAUAAAAAUGACAUUGAGUAUGUUGAGAAAGCUAAGGCUUAAGCUUUUGUUUAAAAGGAUUGA